UGUUGUGAGUUUUGUUGCGACUAAACGAAGCCAAAACAUUAAUAAAUUAUAAUCUACCAGUCUUAAACCUAUUGCAAUCAUGACUGAUGACGACAGUCCUUCCGACUGCAGCCUGCUUGUGAUCGUAGUAGACACGAAUCCGAACCAGCGGUAUAUUAUUGAAGACCCUAAAGUGCUCACGAACUGCCUGGACGCAGUCAUUGCGUUCGCUAACUCGCAUUUGAUGCAGAAGUCAAAGAAUCAGCUGGCAGUUAUUGGAUGCCAUUUCCACAAAAGUGAAUAUUUGUAUCCUUCCCCCGGGAAACCACUGGAUGUGCGGCAGAUUGAUGGACAAUAUGAAUUGUUCACUCUAGUUGAGAAGACCAUUAAAUCAAGACUAGUAAACCUAAUAAAGAGCCAGCCACAAGAAGACAAGCCCGGGGAAUCUCUGCUUGCCGGAGCCUUAGCAAUGGCCCUCUGCUAUAUUGGAAGGAUCCGUAGACAACUAGCGCCAGGCGUCCGAAUGAGCAGUCGCAUCCUCAUAGUGACCGGCAGCUCGGACACCGCGGCGCAAUAUAUUAACUAUAUGAACGUCUUCUUUACUGCUCAGAAGCAGCAAGUGCUGAUCGACGUGUGUUCGCUGGACAAGCACCUGAGCUUGCUACAGCAGGGUUGCGACAUCACUGGGGGACUUUACCUUAAAGUACCUUCUCUGGAAGGACUGUUACAGUAUUUGCUGUGGGUUUUCCUACCUGAAGCGUACGAGCGCAAAGCUCUAGUGCUCCCUGGUGGAGGUCGAGUGGACUACCGCGCCGCCUGCUUCUGCCACCGUGAACCAGUGUCCAUAGGCUACGUAUGCUCCCUUUGUCUCAGCGUAUUCUGCAAAUUCAGCCCGAUCUGCACAACUUGCCAUACCGUUUUCAAGAUCGGCGGGCCGCCCAUUAAACCUAAAAAGAAGAAGCUGAAGGUAUAGUUGUAAACAAAUCAUAUAUUUUUCUAUUAGAACUAAGUAAUUUAUCUUGAUAAUAAUAA